CCAUCCUUGUCACAGCUCAACUUCAUCUAGGACUGAGAUUUUAGAUUUUGGGUGAAAGACAACACUUCACUUGCUCUACAUCUCAUUUAUUGUUUUUCAAUGGCCAGCAUCAGUUACCAAAACAAAGUCUUUCAUGUUUUGGGGCUCUUGUGUUUCUUGCUCUUGAUACAGAAGAACAAUGCAUUUCAAUAUCCAGUCGGGGGAGGUUCGAAAGGUUGGACCGUGCCCGAUAAUACCAGUUCCAGUUCGAAGAGCUACUACAACGAUUGGGCUGAACAUACCCGAUUUCAGAUCGGAGACUCCCUCUUGUUUGCUUAUGAUCCUAGCCAAGACUCGGUGCUUCAAGUAAGCGAGGGGGACUAUAAAAAUUGCACCACAAAGAAUCCCAUUGCAGCAUUCAAAGACCCUAAGACUGUCUUCACAUUCAACCAUUCCGGACCUCACUACUUCAUCAGUGGAAACAAAGAUAACUGUCUCAAGGAUGAGAAGUUGGCGGUGGUCGUUUUAGCAGACAGAUCAAGCAAUCAUUCUGCUAACACAAACCAAACCACCGCAGCUCCUUCUCCAUCUCUGGGUUACUCUGACAUGGUCCCAGCUCCUACACCUAGCACCGUUGAGACUCCUCCCGCUCCCGCAGGAAUAGACAACAUAAACCCAACUCCAGCUCCCGCUGGUGUGCCACCAAACUCAGCUUCUUCAUUGUUCGUGAGUUUCUUUGGUUCCAUGGGAGCAUUCUUUGCUUCAUCUCUAAUCUUAUGGUUUUAGGAGGAAAAUUAUCCGGACAAGUAUAGGAUUUCCUUCCUUUUUUUUUUGACCCUGUUCCAUUUUUUUUCCUUUUUACCCCCGUGGCUUUCUCUAUGAUUUUCUUGCCUUGAG